AUGGCAAAUGAUAAUCGUUUAGACGAGUAUUUAAAACGAAUAGAAUCAAGUCAUCCAACAAAUGGAUGUACUGAAGAAUAUCUUAAUCGAUUACAAGUCGCUCAUUUAACACAUAUUCCAUUCGAAACAUUCGAUCUAAUCGAUAUUAAACUAUUAAACAUUUCAAUGGAUCAUCGUUUUGAUCGGCUCGUACGACAAAAUCGAGGUGGAGUUUGUUUUCAAAUGAAUGGUCUCUUUGCUGAUAUGCUUAAAAAACUUAAUUAUAACGUUAAAAUAAUUUCAUGUAGCGUUUAUAACGAGGAAAAACAUUUCUAUAUCGAACCUCCUUGUCAUGCAGCAUUAUAUGUCAGAUUAGAUAAUGGUAAAACAUUUCUAUGUGAUGUUGGUUUCUCAAAUGAUUUUCUUACGCCAUUGUUCUUUGAAUUGGACUCUAUUCAAUAUGCAACUAACGGAUUUUUUCGUUUAACAAAAACUGACGAUCAAUUAUAUUACAAAAUUGAGAGGGGUUAUCUCAAUACAGAUGAUCACAUCUCUCUACCAACUUCAGCGACCCCUCGUACUCAUAUCAUUGAUAUUGAUUCAAGCCGGAUAAAGUGGACCUUAUCUUAUCGAUUUCCAAUUGAUUUUCUUGAAAGAUCAACUGAAAUCGAUGACUUUCAAAAUGUAGUUUCAGAUGUUCUUUAUUCGCCGAAUGUUUUUCUUAAUCAUCUUACGAUAUGUCACUUACAUACAUAUAAGCCUAACGUUGGUGCUUAUAGUAUUGUUGGCAAAAAAUAUUACGAGUGGAUCAUAGAAAAUGGAAAAGCAACUCGCAAAGAUUAUCCAAUAUCGGAUAAUGAAGAUGAACUAAAAACAUUACUAAAAGAAAAGUUCGAUUUAACAAUUGAACGAAAAAUUGAACUUGCCGAUAAUAAACAAUAA